AUGGUCUCCCGGGGACGUGGACCAGGCCAGAGUGGUCUCCCGGGGGUGUGGACCAGGCCAGAAUGGUUCUCCCGGGGGUGUGGACCAGACAGUGGCCACUCCAGGGGGUGUGGACCAGGCCAAGUGGACCUCCCGGGGGUGUGGACCAGGCCAGUGGUCACUCCCGGGGGUGUGGACCAGGCCAGAGUGGUCCUCCCGGUGUGGACCAGGCCAAAUGGUCCUCCCGUGGGACGUGGACCAGGCCAAGUGGUCACUCUCCCGGGGAGUGUGGACCAGGCAAAUGGUCUCGGGGGACGUGGACCAGGCCAGGUUCCUGCUCCCGGGGGUGUGGACCAGGCCAAGUGGUCCUCCCGGGGGGUGUGGACAGGCAGAGUGGUCCUCCCGGGGGGUGUGGACCAGGCAAGUGGUCCUCCCGGGGGUUGUAGACCAGGCCAAGUGGGCCUCCCGGGGGUGUGGACCAGGCAAAUGGUCUCCCGAGACGUGGACAUGCUCAGAGGUGUGGUUGGGCCAAGUGUGGCCACUCCGGGGGUGUGGACCAGGCCAAGUGGACCUCCCGGGGGCCAGGCCAAAUGUGGACCUCCCGGGGGGUAA